UUGGUUGUGUGACUGAGUACAGUGACGUCAGUGUGGCAGUGCAGAGUCAGGUGGUGUUCAGUAUAAGCAGAGGGAGCUGUCCGGGUGCUGAAAACAGUCCGUAAACUCCCAGCUGACGGACGGGAAGACCAUGGUGUGGAUGCACUCGGCCAUCUAAAAUAACAGGAAACCUUUCAAACAUGGCAGAUCCUAAAACCUGCUGGCUUGGAGCAGCCUUAUCUCUCACCUCCUUAAUUUUCCUAACCUGUUGUGUUGAUGCAGCUUCAUUUCAACAUUACCAACUACUUCAGAAAGACCCAGACUACAGAUUAAAAAACUUUCCAAGGUUUCCCAGCCCUGAUAUGAUCAAAGCUUUGGAAUACAUAGAAAAUCUCAGACAACAAGCUAAUAAGGGAGAAAUCAACCCAGAGUAUAAUUCCUACCAGGGAGUUCCAAUUUCCCUUCAGCCAAAAGAAAGUAUUGAUCAGAGCCACUUGCCUGAAAAUUUAAGAGAUUUAUUGAAUGAAGAUGAAUCCCAUUUGAUGCGAAUAAUCCUGGAAGCCUUGAGAGAAGCUGAAAAAGAAUCUCAGCCUGCACCCAACGAAAAUCAACCCUAUCCCUUAAAUUCUGAAAAGAACUUUCCUAUUGAUUUGAGUGAAGAUUAUGAGGCUCAACAGUGGCCUGAAAGAAGACACAAACAAGCCAAGUUGCCACUUAUGUAUGAAGAGAGCUCCAGAGACAACCCUUUUAAACGUACUAAUGAGAUUGUUGAAGAGCAAUACACUCCCCAAAGCCUUGCCACUCUGGAGUCUGUCUUCCAAGAACUGGGAAAGCUGACUGGGCCAAACAAUCAUAAGCGUGAGAGGGUUGAUGAGGAGCAAAAACUAUAUGCAGAUGAUGAAGAUGACAUCUAUAAAGUUAAUAACAUUGCCUAUGAAGAUGUUGUUGGUGGAGAAGAUUGGAACCCCAUAGAGGAAAAAAUAGAAAGCCAAACCCAGGAAGAGGUAAGAGACAGCAAGGAAGAAAUUGACAAAAAUGAAGAAGAAAUUGAUGAUGAGAUGAAGCGUUCAGGGCAACUUGACAUUCCAGAUGAAGAUUUUAGGAAAGAAAAUAAGGAUCAACUCUCAGAUGAAGUAUCUAAGCUGAUGAACUAUUAUUUGAAAAGGUUAGUGAAUGGUGCAGGAAGUGGGAAGUUCAGAGGUGAGAAAAAUGAAGAAAAGAGAGCAGCCAAGUUUUUUGAGAAACAAUUUGAUCCUCAGUCAAUUUAUCAGCUAAUUGAAAUCUCAAGGAAUUUGCAAAUCCCACCUGAGGAUUUAAUUGACAUGCUGAAAACUGGGGAUAAGCCAAACGAAAGAGUGGAACCUGAGCAGGAACCGGAACUGCCAGAUGACCUGGAGGAAAUUGCUGAGACUGAUGGAGAACAUCCUGAUUUGUUCCAAAAUAAGAUAGUCUCCAAGAGUAGCUAUGGAAAACAAUCUGGACAUGCUGUGACAGAUUCCCUACCUGAAAGUCUCAAUUUUGAGGACAUUUUAAGCCUUUUAGGGACCGAGAAUGCAGCAAAUCAGAAAGCACCAUAUUUUGCCAACCAAAUUAAUAGAGAGAAUAUUCUGCCAAGGCUCUCCUAUUCUGGAAGAAUUAGAGGUCAACAAAUUCCUAAAGCAGCUUGGAUUCCAGAUCUGGAAAGGAGACAAAUGGCAUAUGAAACCUUAAAAGAGAAGGAUGAAGAAUUAGGAGAUUAUUUAACUAAAGUGUUAGCUAAAUACCCUGAGGUUAUGAAUUCAAACCAGAUGAAACGAGUUUCUAUCCCAAGCUCCUCAGAAGAUGACCAACAAGAAGAGGAACAAAUCGAACAGGCCAUCAAAGAGCAUUUAAGCCAAGUGGGAUCUCAAGAAUCUGAUAAAUUGGGUUCUGUCACCAAAAGGCUUCCUCUGGUUACCCAGGAAAAUGAUGAAACCCAGAACGGACAGUACCUAGAUGAAGAUCUGUUGCUGAAGGUAUUGGAAUACCUCAAUCAGGCAAAAGCAGAAAAGGGAAGAGAGCAUAUUACUAAAAGAGCAAUGGAAAAUAUGUAGGUUGCUUUUGUCAAUUGCCCUUCCUCCCCUAAAUUGUCCCAAGGUUAUUUAUCUUCUGUGUGUUGCCCUUUUCUCCUGUUCAUUUGUAUUUUCUCUAAUGAUGUAUUGGCAAAUGGCUCCAGACCACUGGAGGGUUUGUCUAACAUAUCCUGAGGUGUUCUCUUGUUUAUGGAUCUCUGUAUAUGUAAUGACUCCUGGAUAGAAAUAAAUUAUGUCAAUGUUUUAAGAAAGAAAUGUAUGAUAUUAGUUAAUAUUACAUCUCAGAACCAAUAACUGAGGUAUUGUUGAUGGCUACAGAAGAUGAAAGAUGUCUGAUAUCUUGAAAAUUUAAAAAAAUUAGUUGAAUUAUUUUGUUAUUGUCUGUAAUGUUUUGUGGAGUACUGAAGAAAAAAAAAUAAAGCAUUAAAUAAAUAUA